UACCCUAGAAUAAAAAUGGCGGAAACUGGUAAACGUGAAGUUGAUUUUGCGGACAGAAAUGAAACUGAUGCUGCAAAGGCCAAACGAUUAAAGAAUGAAGCGAAUAGUGACGAGGAAAAUCGCGAUCAAUCAGCAUCUGCAAAUCCUUUGUUCGGAUUUAAAACAACAACGGUUCUGCGGGACUCUGCACGGGAGAAAAAUAUGUUCAUACACGGAAAGGUGGCUAACGUUACAGUAUCUAGGUAUCUAGCUAGUUAGUCAAUGUUGGCUAGUAGCUAGCUAAACUAAAACGAAAGAGCUUAUAUAUGUUUAUAGGUGGUAACGUUAUAUAGCUGUAUCUUAUAUAGCUUGGAAAACUGUGGUUGCACCACACUUGCAGCCACUUAAACUGCAACUGUUAGUAGCUUGGUAGAAGUUCGCGUCGCAUAAUUCGUCUCGCUUGCCUGUUGUUAAUGUGAGCAGUCGGCACGUGUACGAAUCAGUUUAGCGAUAGCCGGCCGCGAGGUGUCGUUUGAGUAAAAGUGUUUCUAUUUGUAUCAUGCAUGUCCUGUCCAAGUAUAUGACAAUACAUGUAGUUAAAUGCUUAACCUUGUUAACGUUAGAUUGUCUAGCUAGCUAGUUAACAAGGUGGACAGUCAUUGAAUCUCAAACAACAAUGUAUUAUUUCCCUAAUUCCCUAUCAGUUGAACGACCAGGAGGCUGUCAUCAUUCUGGAGAAGACCCCUAUCAGGGAGGACACCCUGUUGGAGAUUUUCAAUGGCUCCAGACUGAAGUUGGACAUGAGGAAUGAUAUCUACAGCACAUAUCAACUCCAACCCCCUGCUCAUUUGAAUGGUAUGCCCCAGGAUACACAGGCUAGAACUGCCCCAAAAUGACAUGAACAUUUAUAUGAUGUGAAAAUGCGUGACUCCCUUGACAGAGAACACAGUAGGAACUACUAGUGCCACCUAGUAGCUAACAUGCCUAAAUCAGACUAGCACACUGUUCCCCAAUUUCAAUUUCCCUUACACAACUUCACACUGAUAUUUGCUGUGAAGUGUUUUGACUGGGUAAAAAUAGGGCAUAAUGAUAUGACACACACAAUUAGGCCCGGUUUCCCAGACACAGAUUAAGCCUAGUCCUGGACUAAAAGGCAUGCUCAGUGGAGAAUCUUCAUUGAAUAACUUUUUAUUCCAGGACUAGGCAUAAUCUGUGUCCCAGAAACCAACCCUUAAAGUGGUACUGACAGUGUUUUAACUACUUUGCAGAUAUCAAACAAAUACUCAUAUCAGUAAAAAUGAUAAAAUUUCCAGUUUAUGCUUCAAAACUAACUAGAGGUUUUAGAAAUAGGUUCUAUUGGACUCAACAUUCCAUGAUUUACAAUAAGGCAUUGUUGGCAGAAAAGAUGGCAGCAGUUCAAUGCAUGAAUAAUUAUAUUUCUUGAUAGUCCCAUUUUUUUUUAUUGCUGUCAGGUUGUAAAUCGCAGCUGGCCUGUUACAUUGUUUGCUGCCUCCACUCAUUCGGGAUACACUGUUUGUUUUAAUGACUAAUAUUUUGAACAAAAACAGACAACUGUAAUUAAGGCUGGGAAUGUCAAUACAAUCAAACUAGCAAGGGCAAUGAUCACGUCAGUCAUAACGUGGCUAAUAGGCUAGCGCAUGUGUCACACAAGGCCCGCGGGCAGACUAGGACAUUCAUGCUAGUAUAAUUGAGUCAACAGUUGAGUCAUAUACUUUAUGAAAUUACAGCCUGAUGCGCUCACAUCGGUGAAUUCAACUUCAAUUGCGCUGCUUUCGUGUGUCCAGUUUACAGCGCGCAGCGGAGGGAAAGUGUACAGACAACUGCCACAGUCCUAGCUAGGCUACUAACAUUUUGCAGUCUGGCUUUGGUUUUUAAAGCUUGACUAUGAAUAACCAAAAAAUAAAACCUGCAACAAAACACCAUGCAAAGGAGAAACAUGUAGGCCUAUUAAUAAAAUAAAAAGUACUAUUACAGCAACAUUUGAGCAGUAGAUUAGGCCGGCUACACAACUACAAUACAUUUUGAGUGCACCAUACAGCAAUGCUGCAUUCAACCACACCGGUGAUCCAUGCAGUGCAAAAAAAUGAACAAUAUGGUUUAACUUUAAAUGUUACGACAAACCUAUAGCUACGUUUUUGUUAUUUGAGAUAUGGCUUUUUCUUUGCAACUCUGCCUAGAAGGUCAGCAUCCCGGAGUCGCCUCUUCACUGUUGACGUUGAGACUGGUGUUUUGCGGGUACUAUUUAAUGAAGCUGCCAGUUGAGGACCUAUGAGGCGUCUGUUUCUCAAACUAGACACUAAUGUAUUUGUCCUCUUGCUCAGUUGUGCACCGGGGCCUCCAGCUCUUUCUAUUCUGGUUAGAGCCAGUUUGCGCUGUUCUGUGAAGGGAGUAGUACACAGCAUUUUACGAGAUCUUCAGUUUCUUGGCAAUUUCUUGCAUGGAAUAGCCUUCAUUUCUCAGAACAAGAAUAGACUGACAACUUUCAGAAGAAAGUUAUUUGUUUCUGGCUAUUUUGAGCCUGUAAUCAAACCAACAAUUGAUGAUGCUCCAGAUACUCAACUAGUCUCAAGAAGGCCAGUUUUAUUGCUUCUUUAAUCAGCACAACAGUUUUCAGCUGUGCUAACAUAAUUGCAAAAGGGAUUUCUAAUGAUCAAUUAGCCUUUUAAAAUGAUGAACUUGGAUUAGCAAACAUAACGUGCCAUUGGAACACCGGACUUAUGGUUGCUGAUAAUGGGCCUCUGUACGCUUAUGUAGACAUUCCAUAAAAAAUCGGCUGUUUCCAGCUACAAUAGCCAUUUACAACAUUAACACUGUCUACACUGUAUUUCUGAUCAAUUUGAUGGUAUUUUAAUGGACAAAAAAAUGAUUUUUCUUUCAAAAACAAGGACAUUUCGAAGUGACCCCAAACUUUUGAACGGUAGUGUACAUGUGGGUAGAGUUAAAGUGACUAUGCAUAAAUAAUAAACAGAGUAGCAGCAGUGUAAAAGAGGGGGUUGGGGUGGGCUAGGGGGGCAAUGCAAAUAGUCCGGGUAGCCAUGAUUAGCUGUUCAGGAGUCUUAUGGCUUGGGGGUAGAAGCUGUUAAGAAGCCUUUUGGACCUAGACUUGGCGCUCCGGUACCGCUGGCCGUGCGGUAGCAGAGGUAACAGUCUAUGACUAGGGUGGCUGUAGUCUUUGACAAUUUUGAGGGCCUUCCUCUGACACCGCCUGGUAUAGAGGUCCUGGAUGGCAGGAAGCUUGGCCCCAGUGAUGUACUGGGCCUUACGCACUACCCUCUGUAGUGCCUUGCGGUCGGAGGCCGAGCAGUUGCCAUACCAGGCGGUGAUGCAACCAGUCAGCAUGCUCUCGAUGGUGGAGCUGUAUAACUUUUUGAGUAUCUGAGGACCGAUGCCAAAUCUUUUCAGUCUCCCGAGGGGGAAUAGGCUUUGUCGUGCCCUCUUCACGACUGUCUUGGUGUGUUUGGACCAUUUUAUAUUUUGUUGGUGAUGUGGACACCAAAGAACUUGAAGCUCUCAACCUGUUCCACUACAGCCCCGUCGAUGAGAAUGGGGGCGUGCUCAGUCCUCUUUUUUCCCCCAGUAGUCCACAAUCAUCUCCUUUGUCUUGAUCACAUUGAGGAAGAGGUUGUUAUCCUGGCACCACACGGCCAGGUCUCUGACCUCCUCCAUAUAGGCUGUCUCAUCGUUGUCGGUGAUCAGGCCUAUCACUGUUGUGUCUUCGGCAAACUUAAUGAUGGUGUUGGAGUCGUGCCUGGCCACGCAGUCGUGGGUGAACAGGGAGUACAGGAGGGGACUGAGCACGCACCCCUGAGGGGCCCUCGUGUUGAGGAUCAGUGUGGCAGAUGUGUUGUUGCCUACCCUUACCAACUGGGGGCGGCCCGUCAGGAAGUCCAGGAUCCAGUUGCAGAGGGGUGUGUUUAGUCCCAGGGUCCUUAGCUUUGUGGGCACUAUGGUGUUGAACGCUGAGCUGUAGUCAAUGAACAGCGUUCUCAUAUACAGUGGGGAGAACAAGUAUUUGAUACACUGCCGAUUCUGCAGGUUUUCCUACUUACAAAGCAUGUAGAGGUCUGUAAUUUUUAUCAUAGGUACACUUCAACUGUGAGACGGAAUCUAAAACAAAAAUCCAGAAAAUCACAUUGUAUGAUUUUUAAGUAAUUAAUUUGCAUUUUAUUGCAUGACAUAAGUAUUUGAUACAUCAGAAAAGCAGAACUUAAUAUUUGAUACAGAAACCUUUGCUUGCAAUUACAGAGAUCAUACAUUUCCUGUAGGUCUUGACCAGGUUUGCACACGCUGCAGCAGGGAUUUUGGCCCACUCCUCCAUACAGACCUUUUUCAGAUCCUUCAGGUUUCGGGGCUGUCUCUGGGCAAUACGGACUUUCAGCUCCCUCCAAAUAUUUUCUAUUGGGUUCAGGUCUGGAGACUGGCUAGGCCACUCCAGGACCUUGAGAUGCUUCUUACGGAUCCACUCCUUAGUUGCCCUGGCUGUGUGUUUCGGGUCGUUGUCAUGCUGGAAGACCCAGCCACGACCCAUCUUCAAUGCUCUUACUGAGGGAAGGUGGUUGUUGGCCAAGAUCUCGCGAUACAUGGCCCCAUCCAUCCUCCCCUCAAUACGGUGCAGUCGUCCUGUCCCCUUUGCAGAAAAGCAUCCCCAAAGAAUGAUGUUUCCACCUCCAUGCUUCACGGUUGGGAUGGUGUUCUUGGGGUUGUACUCAUCCUUCUUCUUCCUCCAAACACGGCUAGUGGACCAAAAAGCUCUAUUUCUGUCUCAUCAGACCACAUGACCUUCUCCCAUUCCUCCUCUGGAUCAUCCAGAUGGUCAUUGGUAAACUUCAGACGGGCCUGGACAUGCGCUGGCUUGAGCAGGGGGACCUUGCGUGCGCUGUAGGAUUUUAAUCCAUGACGGCGUAGUGUGUUACUAAUGGUUUUCUUUGAGACUGUGGUCCCAGCUCUCUUCAGGUCAUUGACCAGGUCCUGCCGUGUAGUUCUGGGCUGAUCCCUCACCUUCCUCAUGAUCAUUGAUGCCCCACGAGGUGAGAUCUUGCAUGGAGCCCCAGACCGAGGGUGAUUGACCGUCAUCUUGAACUUCUUCCAUUUUCUAAUAAUUGCGCCAACAGUUGUUGCCUUCUCACCAAGCUGCUUGCCUAUUGUCCUGUAGCCCAGCCCAUCCCAGCCUUGUGUAGGUCUACAAUUUUAUCCCUGAUGUCCUUACACAGCUCUCUGGUCUUGGCCAUUGUGGAGAGGUUGGAGUCUGUUUGAUUGAGUGUGUGGACAGGUGUCUUUUAUACAGGUAACGAGUUCAAACAGGUGCAGUUAAUACAGGUAAUGAGUGGAGAACAGGAGGGCUUCUUAAAGAAAAACGAACAGGUCUGUGAGAGCCGGAAUUCUUACUGGUUGGUAGGUGAUCAAAUACUUAUGUCAUGCAAUAAAAUGCAAAUUAAUUACUUAAAAAUCAUACAAUGUGAUUUUCUGGAUUUUUGUUUUAGAUUCAGUCUCGCAGUUGAAGUGUUCCUAUGAUAAAAAUUACAGACCAUUACAUGCUUUGUAAGUAGGAAAACCUGCAAAAUCGGCAGUGUAUCAAAUACUUGUUCUACCCACUGUAGGUGUUUCUUUUGUCCAGGCGGGAAAUGGUAGUGUGGAGUGCAAUUUGAGAUUGUGUCAUCUGUGGAUCUGUUGGGGCGGUAUGUGAAUUGGAGUGGGUCUAGGGUUUCCGGGAUGAUGGUGUUGAUGUGAGCCAUGACCAGCCUUUCAAAGCACUUCAUGGCGACGGACGUGAGUGCUACGGGUCGGUAGUCAUUUAGGCAGGUUACCUUCGCUUUCUUGGGUACAGGGACUAUGGUGGUCUGCUUGGAACAUGUAGAUAUUACAGACUCGGUCAGGGAGAGGUUAAAAAUGUCUGUGAAGACACUUGCCAGUUGGUCCGUACAAGUCCUGGUAAUCCGUCUGGCCCCGCGGCCUUGGGAAUGUUGACCUGUUUAAAGGUCUUGCUCACAUCGGCUACGGAGAGCGUGAUCAAAGUCGUCCGGAACAGCUGGUGCUCUGAUGCAUGCUUCAGUGUUACUUGCCUUGAAGCGAGCAAAAAAGGCAUUUAGCUCAUCUGGUAGGCUCGCGUCACUGGGCAGCUCGAGGCUGGGUUUCCCUUUUGUAUCAGCAAAAAAUAUUUUGCCUAUUUAAUGUAACCCUUGCUGUUAAUAGAUCGCAAAGCGGCAUACAACUGACCUAAACGUUUUGAAAUGAUAAGUUCACUUUUGUAUCCAUAGCCUUAAAACGCAUCUCAAGUGCAAGUGCACUGUUUAUCUCACAUCUGAAGGCUGUGGGGUAUUUAGGACGUCUACUGCGAAUCUCUAAUAUAUCUUAAUGAUUAUUAUCACACUUCCUUGGUCGCAUGCAAUGCUUACAUGUUUCACGUAAAGAGAGCACGGGUUGUUGGAAUAUGCAACGUUUUUCCUAAACAAAUUAGGGAUUUCGGUAACAGAACUUUUCAAUAAGAAACUAAAUGGCUGAAAUUGUUGCAGCUUCAACAUGGACAGCACAAUAAACACUUGCUGUGGUGCCUUUUCGCUGCAGUAGAGAGCAGUGCGAGAAAACGUGUGCCAGUCACACUCGCUGUCAUUUUUUAAAAAGUGUGACCAUCGUGCUCUUUCUUGAAUCAUUUGUGUCUUUCAUUAUUUAAUCAAACAGCUUAAAGCAUCCUACAAGCUCAGUGCAUAUGUAGUUGGUUUUACUCAACCAAUCGAUUGGUUGAAAGAACAGGACCACUCUCGGUUGACCAAGAUUUGUUUUAGUCGGGGACAGCUGUAUAUUCAAUACAUUUCACCAAAUCAAGUAAUUCUGCAAUGGGAAGUGGCAUCAUUAUCACUUCAUAAUCCAAUUCAAAUCUCUGACUGAAAUCUGAUGUGGUGUUGAUCCUUGUCUUGUUCCUUGGUUCCAAAGAGAUCAAGACCACAGUGGUGUGUCCGGCCACAGAGAAGCAUGUGAAGAAAUACCUGCGCCAGGAGACCUACUUGGUGCAGGAGUCUGGGGAGGACUACCGCUCUAUCACCCUACCUUACAUUCAGAGUCAGAGCUUCAGUGUACAGGUAGCAUUUCAUUGCUUUCAAGGUGUAAUUAUUAGUCCCACAUUAUACCACUACACACACAGUCUCCCACUCCACAUCCGGAGACAUUGAUUGUCAACUCAGUAAAUGCACAGUUUUUACAGGGGAUCAUCCUCAAUCUGGGAUAACAAUACCAUCCAUAUAGAAGAGCCAGAUUGGGCAAUGCUCCACGGAUGCUGGAGAAGUCAUUAGUGCGGGCUUUCUUCCUCUGAUCUUAAAGGGUUAAAGUGAUACCACGGACAGGGGCGUACUUAGUGAUUUGGAGGCCCCACCCAUGUUUAUUUAACACAAUCAUGGCUACUGAACAAAGAGGUGUUUGGAGCCGGCUCUUUUAGGUGAACACAGCGGAAUCAAAAGGCUAACUGAAAAGACUUGAAAUGCCCUUCACUAGUAAAGGUGUUUGCAUCACCACAUAGAACACGAGUGGGCAAUUUUCAACGGAUGGCAGGUAUUGGAAACAGUACACAGAACAGUAACAGUACAUCGGCAAAUGUGCCCUUCUGCUGCUUGACAGGCAGAGCCCACAAAGGAUGGGGAAAUUAACCUAAACUUGUCAUACUUGUCAGGUAUAGUUUACUUUUAUAUCACUCAAAUAUCUAAUUAAUGGUGGCCAAUAUUGAGAGAUCCUGAUUUGUAAACCUGCACUUCUAUGAUUUAUGUGAAAAAGAUGUUAUUGUCGCUGUGUUUUUUCCCUCCAGUGGGUGUACAACAUCUUGGAGAAGAAAGCGGAGGCAGAGCGCAUGGUUUAUGAGGACCCAGACCAGGACGUCGGCUUUGUCCUGCUCCCAGAUUUCAAGUGGGACCAAAAGCAGGUGAGAUACCUUGUACAGUAUGUAUGAUCCUGUCCAUGUAAUCUUAUUCAUUGUGAUCUAAAAUGCUUCAACUUUGAGACAAUUUAUACAUAUGGUCACAGUGGACAAUGGAGAUGCCAUUCACAAUGAGGAAGGAUCUAAGCCUCCUAUUGAGCACAUGAUUUAUGGUUACUUUCACCCCCCCCUUCUCCUAGUUGGAUGACUUGCAUUUGAUUGCCAUCGUUCAUCGAAGGGACAUCAAAAGUUUGCGGGACCUGACAGCGCUGCAUCUGCCAUUGCUGACCAACAUCCGCAAGAAGGGAGAGGUGAGAAUGAUCCUAUAAUCAUACAUAUUUUCUUAUUUAAAUUUGCUUGUUGAGCGUAUUGCGAUUGUUAGAGGGAUGGGACUUACUUUGCCUAGGAAUACUGACUGUUUAUUUAGCAACCUUCUUGUCAUCAAACCAUUUCCUUUCCUAUCAAAUACAUUCCAGGGUGAAGUUUCCCCUAGGUACAGAUUCAUGAUCAGCUUCCCCUCUCCCAAUCCUAACCUUAACCAUUAGUGGGGCAAAACUCACCCAAGAUCAGUGUCUAGGACAGGGGAACUCAACUCUUACCCUACGUGGUCUGGAGCCUGCUGGUUUUAUGUUCUACCUGAUAAUUAAUUGCACACACCUGGUGUCCCCGGUCUAAAUCAGUCCUUUAUUAGAGGGGAACAAUGAAAAACUGUAGUUGAACUGGCUUCGAGGUCCAGAGUUGAGUUUGAGGGGUCUAGGGGCAACUUCACGUUACUCUGUCAAAUAGUUGUGCUUGUUUUUCAUGGUGCUUUCCCCUAUCACAGGAGAGCAUUCUGAAGCGGUACGGUGUGGCAGUCAGUAAGCUGAGGGUGUACCUCCACUACCAGCCUUCCUACUACCACUUCCACAUCCACUUCACCGCCCUGAGCUACGAGGCCCCGGGCUGCGGGGUGGAGCAUGCCCACCUGCUUUCGGACGUCAUCCAGAACCUCCAGGCGGACUCCCAGUACUACCACAGUCGCUCCCUCUCCUUCCCCCUGCGGGCUGACCAAGGCCUGCUCAGCAAGUUCAAGGAUGCCGGCAAGCUGUAGUGUCUAGAUGUCCAAACACAACAACAUGUUGCACUACUACGGUAGGACCUCAGAGGGAUGAACACAUUGGGAAUGGUGGUUGUUUGGAACUCUGGCCUUUUUCUCAAUUGUAUUUUCUAAAAUCCUGUGUCCUCUCUCCUCCGUCCUCUCUCGCCUCCUUUUGAAAAAGGUCA